CGGCCAUCUUGGGCGAGAACCGCAGCGUCGCCUCUCCGCUCGCGUAUCUCAGCCGUUGCCGCCGCCGCCUCCUCCUCCCCGCCUCCUCCCGGCCGCCGCGCCCGCCCACUGAGACCCACCCCAGCCGAGCUCGCCUUCUUCCUUCUCGUUUUCUCGCCACUGCAGCCUCCUGACACGGCGAUCCGGGCGGGCCCCGCAGGAAUUCUACCCCGUCACCGGCCUCACAUUAGUGUCGCAUGUCCACUAUCCAGAACCUCCAAUCCUUCGACCCCUUUGCUGAUGCAACCAAGGGUGACGACUUACUCCCGGCAGGGACUGAGGAUUACAUCCAUAUAAGAAUCCAGCAACGGAACGGCAGGAAGACGCUGACUACUGUCCAGGGCAUUGCGGAUGAUUAUGACAAAAAGAAACUUGUGAAAGCUUUCAAAAAGAAAUUUGCCUGUAAUGGUACUGUGAUUGAACAUCCUGAAUACGGGGAGGUUAUUCAGCUUCAAGGUGACCAAAGGAAAAACAUUUGCCAGUUCCUCUUGGAGGUUGGCAUUGUCAAGGAGGAGCAGCUUAAGGUUCAUGGAUUCUAAAAUGAACCUAAAUACCUGGAGGAUUUCUUGAAUGGUUUUGUUCUCUAAACCCAGUUUGGCUGCCUUGUGAAAUGGUUCUCUGCAGUAAACGGACUUUUCAUUUAUUUAAUCAUUCAAACGUCCAUUCACAUCUGCAUGAUUACAGAAAACAUGGGGUAUAUAGGCUAGUAACACAUAAGAAAAUUGCAGUGAGAUGGUAACGAAGCCCCGUAUUCAUCUUAACGUUUCCAAUGGAAAAUAGUUUGAGUGUUUAUUUGUUUAUUGUUCAGUUUAUUACUUUUCACUUGAUUAAAUGCUUUUUGUUGUAUUAAACCAUGUAUGUUGCAGCUUAACAAUAAAAGAUCUAUGAAUCCUUUCUGAGCAGUUAUGCUCCCAAACCUAAGCAAGUAAGAGAAACAGGUUUUGUCUUUC